ACCUAGAUAAAGACGCAAGUGCACCCCCACACACACUGCCAGUGUAAUAGGUCUUUUUAGGUAGGGUGAGCGUGUGAACCUGUUUAUCCAGUUCCACAUUCAAAGUCGGCAAAAACACAAAGUGAAUGUGUGUGCCGUCAGUGCAAAUCUCAGUUGGACUAAAAGUGUAGGAAAGUGUAGAACUCUUCCUCAGCUCACAGCAAAAGCAAGACAAAAGAAAUUUGGGAUUCAGGGUGUUAUCAUUUCUAUCCCUCUGGAAUGGACUAAAGCAAUAUGCCCCACAGUCUUUAAAUAAGAAGAUUUUCAAGAAUUAGAAGAACAUUCAAGCUCGACAUAUCAUAUCCUCAGUAGGACACAUACUACAUGAAAUGCCAUGUGAUGCCACUCCACAUCAUUGCCCCGUCUCUGUGACAAAGCCGUGAGGUCCAGUCUAUGUCCACUGUGCGGCCCAGAAAAUUGCGCAGCAGUGUGCCAAGGUCCAGGCACUGAAGCACACGUGCACAGUGAGGCCUAUAGGCUCUACGACGGAGCUGGGUAGGUGAGGCCCACAACCAAGCAUGGAGCUCAAGGUGUGGGUGGAUGGCGUAUUAAGGGUGGUGUGUGGCUUAUCUGAAGACACCACCUGCCAACAGGUGGUCAUUGCACUUGCCCAGGCCAUAGGUCAGACAGGUCGGUAUGUCCUGGUGCAGAGGCUGCGAGAAACUGAGAGGCAGCUGCUGGCUGACGAGCGACCGCUCGAGACUCUCGCCAAACUGGGUCAGCUGGGCAACGAGGUCCAGUUCAUCCUCCGCCGCACUGGCCCCAGCGGCAGCGGUGGCAGCAGCAGUGACAGCAGCAUUAGCCACAAACCCCCGCCCCCGCCCGACCGCACCACUUCCCUCCUGUCCCUCCCACUCCCCAAACACCCCCACCCUGAAGCCCCGACACGCAGGGAGCCCAAGAAGGCCCUCACCUUCAACCUUGGCCCCUCCAGUGGCCCGCACACAAAGCCCAAGCACUUUAAGAAGCCUCCCAGAGACUCCCCGGAGCUGAGAGGGGCGUCCCCGUCCCCGUCUCUUGCCAAGUCCCCUUCCCCCUCCCCAGUUCCUCCUCUCCCUCCUACUCCUCCUGUCACGUCUUCCUCACCGGCCCUCCCCUCCAAAGAGGAGCUGUUCCGGCAAGUUCUCCAGCAGCAGGCCGAGCUCCGGGCCCUGGACGAGCAGCUGGACUCCGUGCAGCAGGAGGUGUGGACGUGGGAGCAGCCGCCUCCCCCUACCCUCCCGCCGCACUUGCUGGAGGAGCUCGAUCAACUGGAGGAGGCGAUGAGGCAGAGCAAGGCGGAGCUCGCCCACACCGACCACUGGGAGGAGGAGCUGGCGGCGGAGGAGGAGCGGGAGGAGGCGCUGCGCAGGGAGGCGGAGCGGCUCGUGCGGCUGCUGGAGGAGCACGCCCAGAGGCUCUCGGACAGUGACGGCCAGGUCGGGACUCUGGAGAGGGAUCUCCGGGAGCUGCAGCAGCGGGGGGGCCAGAGGAACGGACUCAGGCAGGUGGAGGUCACGCAGGACUCCCUGGAGACGGUGCGCGCGGAGCUGGACAGGAGGCAGAGGCAGGAGGCCGAGCUGAGGAGCUCGCUGAGCGAGGCGGAGCAGGAGCUGGAGACCGCUGACAGGAUGCUGGAGACGAAGGACCAGGAGCUGGAUGAGCUGAAUAAGGAGCUGAGGCAGUGUAACCUCCAGCAGUUCAUCCAGCAGACGGGAGUCCCAGCCAGCGCGUCCAGCCAGCAGGAUCUAUUGGCUGACUCCGAGAUCAUCAAUGUCUCUCAGCUGGUGAUGGACACCGACACAGAUUCAGAAGAUUCUGGGCUUUUCUCCUCGGGGUCUCAAACCCCCCUCACAGCCAGAGAGAUUCUGAGAGACACACGUAGCUUAAACAAACCAAUAGUGUUGGCAUCCAGGGAGUUACCAUGGCGCUGAUGAAGAAAUUCUGUCAAACAGAAAUGCUACUGCCCUCUAAAGCCAUUAUUAUAUUUUCACACUCUGGAUUUUUGUUAUAUGCACAUAUAGUAGGCGAUGUAUAUAUUAUUAAAGCUCACCUUAAUGAUCACAUGUUUAAAAGACAUGGAUGUGAAUGUAUUUGAAGGAAAAUGUCAUGAUGUAAACACACUUUAAUUAUUUACUGAAAUGAAAAAAUAAAACUAUAUUUCUAUUAA